UACAAAAAAUUACUUUUGCAAAACUAACAGAAAAAUGGCCAAUCCUUGGAUUUUGAUUGUUUGUGUUUCAAUUCUUUUUACUCAAUCGCAAGCGUUGGAAUCCAAAACUCAGAGAAAUAUUUCACUGCAAAAUACAUAUCCCCUACAUAAAUUACAAAACGAAAAUCACAUUGCUUAUCGACAAUUGUUGGAUGUAUUCCAGAUGCAUAACAAAUCUGAUCAAUUCUUUGAAGAUAGCGAAUACAAAUUUGGAGAACGAAUUGAUGGUGAUGUUCUUGUUGCCAUUCAGAUGGAAGCAAUCGAAUAUAAAAAUAAACGUGACGUUGAAGUAUUAGUUGCUUAUCCUACAACUGCAAAUGGUGACUUUUACGUUUCUUUUGUCAACAUUUUUGUUACUCAAGAUAAUGAAGAUGGGAAUGCCAGCAUAACUAAGGGCGGAAUUCAUCAAACAGAAAUUGCGACUAGAAUUAAAGCACAGAAUACCAAAUUUAUCGUGUACUUCGUAGAAAUCUUUGGAUACUUGAAACCAAGCAUACAAUAAAUGGUUUUUAUUUUGAUUUUCAUAAAGCAACGUAUUUCAUACCCUUGUGGAAAAUUACUGACUGACUAGUCAGUUAACUAAUUUGGGACGUUUUUGGCUAAAACCAACUGAGAUUGAAGUUGUUUUAAGUUGUUUUGGCUGAUUUUUCAGUCAAUCCUAGUAGAGAAAAAUACAACUUAAUUCAACUUCAAUCACAGUUGACUAUAUAGACACAAACCUCCCAAAUUAGUCAUCUGUUUAAAAUGACAUACAUAGACGACUAAAGUCGGCUAGGUAGACGACUUCAGUUAACAAAAUUCCAAUUUCAGUCGAUUUUAGCUAACCAGUCAGUCAGUCACUUUUUUUCCACACGUAAAAGGUAGUACAUGCAAUAUUAAUCUG